CUCCAACCUAGUAGCGAUGGCCUCCACCCAUGACGUCUCCUUUCCGUGCCCAAAUCUUUAGUUACUUUAGUUUCCUUGACCUCGAUGUUUGGCUUCCUCCUGUGGCCGAUGGCACUUCCGGUCGCGGCCAAUUGUGGAAGUUGCCAAGCCCUGGAGGAGUGGCCCAAGGUCACGUGGGCCCUGCGCGUUUGGUCGUUUUGGCCUGGAUUGGCCGAAUUGGAGAUCAGACCACAGGACGUGAUGCCAGCUGCAGAGCACGCCCUUGCAGGGGCACUGCAGCCUCUAAUGCAGUACCCCUCAUGCCAGCUUGCUCAGCUUGUCCUGCGGCUUUUUCUCCUCUGCGGGAUGAGCGCUGAAGACCGGCUUUUGGCUCUCGAGGAGAGUGGCACAGCUCUGCUCGCUGAAGUGGCUGAAGUGGUACAAAGUUGCCGCGUCACGGGUAUUCUGGAGUCUGGAUGGCCUCUCUUUUCUCUCUUGGCCUUGCUACGCCGCGGGCUCCCGGAGGCCGACCGUGGCGGCCGCUUGGGCAGAGGUGCUUACGACGCUUGGGGCAAGCGGGUGGAGGCAGCGUGGCGUUCUCCCGCGAAGGUGGGUCCCCCUCCACCUGAACCUGAGCUUUUGGGUGCAUUGCCACUGCGCUGCUCAAGCACCUGGCUGCCAGGUAAGAGGCGUCCUCCUCGCGCACCUCUUGCAGGGGCUGGCAUGCCGGCAGCCAGUGCAGCCAGAGCAGCAGCGUUGCAGGCGCGCGCCCAACGCCAGUACCUCAAAUAUUUGGAUGUGGUCUUGAGACAACUCACCUCCAAGACACGACCUUCACGGGGCCCUCGACAGCCAGGGCUGCUUGCAUUUCUGUCGUCCACGUGGCCAAUGUGCGAGUCGAUGUCACUAUUGGAGAUGGCCAUUUUUACACAGCCGAUGAGAAAUGUGGUGGGUCCCUCCCCGUUUCGACAUUCCCUUCAGUCCACAGCACGACUCCGGGACGAGCUCCGUGCCGUGCUCGAGGCGCAGCGGCCGGAGGCCGCGCGACGGGGCUUCGCCCUGCGGAGGCUGCCGGGCUCGGUGUUGCCGUCAGAGGCGUUUCUCCUCCACUGCCUGGCGGAUCUCCAAGGUGUACAAGUCAUUGUGGAGUCUGGCGUUGGCCAUGGUGGCUCCACUCGUGCUGCCUGUGCUUGGGCCAAAGCGGUACCGGGCAGGCGGGUGCUGUCUUUGGAACGGGCUCUCAAGGACUCCGUGGCCAGAGAUUUAGCUCCAGCCUGCCAAGGUGUGCUUGAGAUGAGAGCAGGUGAUGCUUUUGCAGCUCUUGACUGGGCUUUACACUCAGCAGGCGCCCUCAAUGUGUCUGUGGCCUUACUUUUGGAUGGUCCCAAGGGACGUGUGGCCGUAAGGAUGGCAGAGGAUGCCAUGCAACGGUUUCCUGGACUUCGUGUCGCAGCCAUCCACGAUGUUCCACGUCUUGAUCUCCGCUACAGAGAUGAGGAUGGCAGG